UGCCCUUUCCCCUUCCUCAUUCCUCUCUUUCGUUCGCUCAUUCAUUCAUCAACCCCAUCACUUCCUAGCUCCUCUGACAAUCUCCGUCUGUCCAACUACACCAGCCUCGAGUCCUCAGUCGCCCCCCCGAGAUAGAAUAUUUUAAUCGACAACAUGUUCAACGACUCAAUCAAGACCAACCUCGAGUGGACCUCGUCCCUCGAUAUCGACUUCCAGCCCAAAAACACGCGCAAGACCUCCAUCAUCUGCACCAUCGGCCCCAAGACCAACAACGUGGAGAUGCUGUCCAAAUUGCGUGAUGCCGGUAUGAACAUUGUCCGCAUGAACUUCAGCCAUGGUUCAUAUGAGUACCACCAGUCUGUCAUCGACAAUACCCGCCAGAGUGUUCUUGAGCACCCUGGUCGCCCCGUCGGAAUCGCCCUUGAUACCAAGGGUCCCGAGAUCCGCACUGGCUUAAUGAAGGACGAUGUCGAGGUCCCUAUCUCCGCCGGUCACGAAAUGAUUUUCUCCACAGACGACCAGUAUGCAGAGACCUGCACAGGCGAGGUCAUGUAUAUCGACUACAAGAACCUGACCAAGGUCAUUGUUCCAGGCAAGGUCAUUUAUAUCGACGAUGGUGUUCUCUCCUUCAAGGUCCUCGCAGUCGAAGAUGAUCACGUCAAGGUCCAGGCUUUGAAUAACGGCAAGCUCUGCUCCAGAAAGGGUGUUAACCUGCCCAAGACUGAGGUCGAUCUCCCUGCACUUUCUGAGAAGGACAAGAAGGAUCUUGAGUUUGGUGUCAAAAACGAUGUAGACAUUAUCUUUGCCUCAUUUAUCCGUCGCGCGGACGAUGUCCGUGAGAUUCGCAAGGUCCUUGGCGAGGAGGGCAAGCACAUCAAGAUUGUCAGCAAGAUCGAGAACCAUCAGGGUGUCAUGAACUUUGAUGAGAUCCUCGAGGUCACUGACGGUGUUAUGGUCGCCCGUGGUGAUCUUGGUAUUGAGAUCCCUUGCGAGCAGGUCUUCCUCGCCCAAAAAAUGAUGGUCUCCAAGUGCAACCUCGCUGGCAAGCCCGUUAUUUGUGCCACACAGAUGUUGGAGUCGAUGACAUACAACCCUCGUCCUACUCGUGCUGAGGUCUCGGACGUUGCCAAUGCUGUUCUGGAUGGAGUUGAUUGUGUGAUGUUGUCCGGAGAGACUGCCAAGGGUUCGUACCCUCUGGAGGCCGUCCGUACCAUGGCUGAGACCUGUGUCCUGGCCGAGUCCGCUAUCUGUUACCCACCACUGUUCAACGAGCUCCGCAUGCUCCAGAAACGCCCUACCGAGACUACCGAGACCGUGGCCUCGUCGGCAGUGUCUGCUGCACACGAGCAGAACGCAGGCGCGAUUGUUGUUCUCUCCACAUCCGGUGACACUGCCCGUCUGGUCUCGAAGUACCGUCCUCAAGCCAACGUUGUCAUUGUCACCCGCAAGGAGUCGACUGCUCGUGCGAUUCACCUCUCUCGCGGCUGCUACCCAUUCUUCUACACCGAGCCUAAGAAUGAAGACUGGCAAGAGGACGUCGACGCCAGAUUGCGCUGGGGAAUGGACCAGGCUAUCAGUCAUGGCUUGCUUAAGUCUGGUCAAUCUGUGAUUGUGAUCCAGGGCUUCCGUUCUGGAUACGGCAACACCAACACGAUGCGCAUUGUCUUUGCUUAAGGAACAUAUUGCCGCGCCGAGUUCAUUUAGACCGAAUGAAACGUCUUGCUUGUACAAAUAAAGAUCUCACGAAUGUUGAGAAGAAUGUAACCUGGAACGAGUAGAAGCAGCCAGGUGUCUAACAAUACCCUUGGACUCGGAAU